AGUAGGUCUGAAAUUUGCUGCUGCAGCUUGUAGGUGAAACGAGCAACUAGCACCAUGUACUGCGCACUGCCUCGAGACAGCGAAGAAUAUUGGAGCCAUUUCUGGAACGAAAGACUAUCGAUAUGGCAGCAGGAAGGAGUGACCAAACUUCUAAAGGACAACAAAGAUGUCAUUCUCGCGGGAAAAUCACGUGCUCGUGUGUUCAUACCCCUCUGCGGAAAAGCACGAGAACUGAAGUGGUUUUAUGACCUCGGACACAGAGUGAUUGGUGUGGAAUUCGUGGAGGAGUGCGUGCGCAGCUACUUCACCGAGAGCGAGCUGGAAUUGGAAGAGGCCACGUGCCCCAUCAUUAAAUGCAAGAUACUCAGGACACCAGACCAUCGACUGCAAGUGUUUAUCUGCAACAUUUUUUACUUCAAAAGGGAGUGCGCUGGAACUAUGGACAUUGUUUGGGAUAGGUCUGGAUUUACAGCCAUGAGAGUCGAGGAUCGCGCCAGAUAUGCUGCAGUGAUCAAAAGCCUACUGGCCCCAGACUUCUCGUACGGCAUGUGGACAGUUGUUUAUGAUACGCACAGUGUUGUCGAAACAGUCGGGCCCCGCAGCGCCGGAGAGUCUGCCCUCCGGGAACAUUUCGGAGAUACGGCUGCAAACAUUGCACUGGUGGAUAGCCACGUUGAAGAGACGGCAUUGUACACUCGGGGCGGCGGACCAUUUACGUUCUGUCUGUGGCACAUGACCCCGAUAAAGUCAUGAAAGCUUUGAAUGUUUGGGUAUACCACCUGUUUCGCCGUAACUGUGGCGUUCAUGCAUUAGCAUAUUUUCAAGACUAUAGGCCACAUCCGAUGUACAGUGAGUUGUGGCAGAGUUGGGCUUAAAAUAAAUAUUAUUCCUUAGGAAUU